AUGGCCGCAGUACGUCGCACGACGGACUUAGUCGGUUCGAGGCAUCGGAGACUAUCGGAUAUACUAUUAGUGGUCGCACUCAAGGCCGGACAAUUCGCCGACGGCAGGGACAACCAAGUACAGUAUGGGGCAGCGACUAUGCCGACGGAGACUUUGGCCGUGGCCAGAAGUAUGGUUAUGGAAUUUGACGACUUUGGUAGCGUUGGUCCAGGCUGGUACGGCAAUGACGAUGGCGAGUGGGAGUAUGUGCCCUAUUUCAAUCCCUACGCCUAUGGUUAUAAACCAUUCCCAGACUAUAGCGACAGCUAG